UGUGGCCCGCGAGAUAAAUAUCAAAAAUAUAUUAAAACUGGCCCGCUGGCCGAUUUUACCGCAAAGACUUCAACUCCCAUGAUGCUUUGAAGCGCCAACGCGGAGCUGAUGCGCCCCCUCCUUUGUGUUUUUUCCACCGUCUGCUGCCGGUGUCUGCAGCUCCGCUGUCUCGGACAAACUACACUCCUCUCACUCAGCGCCGAGUUCACUCAGCUGUUUUCUGACGUUGAAGCCCAGAAACGGAGAUUCUAGCCGCUCAGUAAUGUGUUCACGACUGAAAGAGAAAGUUUUCCAACUAACUUCCAGACAGAGCUGAUAUAACUCCAGCGAGCAGCGACACGCUCAAACACGCACGACUCUGUGGUUGUGUUUCCUCCCCGACACACAACAACGUGGUCAAGCUGCUCAGACAUGUUCAUCAGCACAAACCUAUGUGAGCACCUGUUGUCAUCUAAUGUUGUCAUUAUUAUGAUGAAGAUGAACAAAACAACAGGAGUCUCCUCCUCAGCUCAGAUCAACCCCAUGAUGCAGGUAUCUGGCUGGAACAGGUGAGCAUCACAGUAAACCAGUGGAGCAAACUGAGCUUUAAAUAUGUUGGUUUUAUGCUCUUUUUCUGCUCCAAAACAUGAAAGUUAACAGGUGAGAUGUUGCAUUUUCAUUUAAGAUAAAAUGAUAUUUUUAUUUUGUUGUUGGCCCGUGAGAAAAGAUUUAACCUACAGUAAACAGGAAGUGGAAAGGCUGCAGAUAGAUGAAUAGAAUAGAAAAUCCCUUUAUUGUUCCUCAGUGGGGAAAGCUAGACGUCACAGCAGCGAUGACACGUAUUACAGGAGAAAAAAAGGAGAAUAAAAAAUAAGAAAAAUGAAUAAACAAGAAAACAUAAAUCCUGAAUAGAUUUUAAAAAUGCUGAUUAUACCACAAGUAAUGAAUACCACUGAUGCGUUUUAUUUAAAACUGACUUGCCCGUGUGUAAUUUGGUUAUUCCACAUUCAGUGUUAAUGCAGAAAUAUGUUUGUUUCUAAAUUUAAAGGUUCAAAAUUGCAUACAUGUUGAUAAAGAAAAUGUGCAAAUUUGCCGUCACUUUUUCAAAAAAUAUGAAGUUUGGCCCUCGACUCCGGCCCAGAGUUUCAUUUCGGCCCCGUGUGAGUUUAAGUUUGACACCCCUGCUUUACAUUUUCCGUUCAGGUAUCCUUCAUGGACUCAUUUAGCUGUAAUGUCCUGAUAUUUCCACCAAGAGGUGCUGCUGACUCAGGCUGAGAUCAGUGGAGAAGCUGCAAAGAUUCUGAAUCUUUGAAACCAAAACAUUUCAGUUAAAAUGUAAUUUACUUAAAGUGACAGUGUGUAUUUUUCCUGGCGAUGGGGGCAGUAGAUACCUACAUCAUUGCAAGCAAGUGUUAUUUUUGUGUUCGAGAAAGACUUAAUCAACGGAUGCUCAUUAGGGUCAAAAAACCCUGAGAGUGCAACCUCCAGAAAAAUAACAAGAACAUCAGAUUCCCUUUCAUCACUGGCAGCAAGUGAAGAGGUGAAUGUGUAAAAGAACAACGUUUAUUAAUGCUGAAAGUUUUGUAAGCGUUUGUUACAAAUCAGUAAAUGCGUUCUGUCCUCAGGCUUCUGUAGAAGGAAACAUGGCAUCUAAUAUCGCGUUGCCCAGAGACUUGGACCCGCUAUCAUGUAUUUUAGACAUGAUUUCUAUGGUUAUAUGUUACAAAGCCGACAAUAUUUUUCAAUAACUGGGCAUCAUUUCAUUCAUUUUCAACAACAUUUCAAUGGAUUUUUCCGGACAUUAAUGGUAAAAACUACACAUCGUAACUUUAAAGUGACAAUGUGUAGUUUUCACCAUUAAUUUCUGGAAAUAUUCAUCAAAAUGUUGUUGAAAAUGAAUGAAAUGAUGCCCAGUUGUUGAAAAAUAUCGGUGGCUUUGUAAAAUGUAACAAUAAAAAUCAGGUCUAAAAAAACAUGGGAGUGGGUCUAAGGCCCAAUCCCAAAACUCGCACUUGCGCCCUUCAUUUGCGCCUUCCCGGCCAGGGGUGCGAGUGUGUAGGGUGUCCCGAUUCUCAAGUGCGGAAGUUGACCACGCACCUAUUGCACCCGUAAUCUGCACUUCUCCCAAGUCCGCAGCGAUGCGGACCUCGGGCAAGAGUAUUAUUACCCACAAGUCAUAGCUGCGGGAGAAAUGGCUCAAGUUCCUUUUCUGAAAAUAUGUAUUUUCUAACGAAAUUAGUUAACUUUAGGACGAUUAGUUGAUGCUCUUAAUGUUUUAGAGAAAGCAGCAAUGAAGUAAAAUUUAUCUCAAAUAAUUGUUUUGUUGUUUGUUUGAAAGUUGUUAAUAAAGGUUUUUGAGAAGUUUCACAGCUACCAGCAUCCCGGAAUGCGUUGCGAUUGAUGACGCAAUGCUCCCGGUCUCAAUUCGGCAAUUAGUUGCACAUUUGUGUACUACUCACUCUAACCCUGCUGCACACUUUCUCCAAGUGCACUUUGCUGAAGAUCGCAGGGCGCAGUGCAAGUAUUGAGGUUGGACCCAAGUCUCUGGGAAACGCCAUAUUAGAUUUCAUGUUUCUUUCUACGGGAGCCCAUGAGGACAAAAUGCAUUUACUUUGUAACAGCUACAAAACUUUCACCAUGCUUAAAUGUUGUACACGUUACCUGUUAACUUGUUGCAUGUGAUGAAAGGGAGUCUGAUGUGCUUGUUAUUUUGCUAAAGUUUGCACUCCCCAGGGCUUUUUGGCCCUAAUAGGCAUCCGUUGGUAUGGUCUUACUCCAACACAAAAAUACGGCUUGCUUGCAACGAUUUAGGUAUCUACUACCCCUUAUCGCCAGGAAAAAUGCAUACUGUCACUUUAAUAAUCAAACUACUUUCAAACCAAAUCAAUAUUAGAAUAAAUCGGUGGCUAAUAAUAAAAUGCAUAAAAAAGUAAUUAUAAAGAUAACACGAGUGAACUGUGUCACGAUUUAGAGAUGAAAGUAAAAGAUGGGGACGUCAUUUGCAGGAUCUGAAGACAAGGACAAGAUCUCAAGUUUGGGACAGUUUCUAAAUAGGAAAACUGAAUAUUUGUUUUUCCAAUCUAAACAUAUCUCUAUACAGAUUUCUGAACUGAUUGAAUGGAUCCAAGUGCACAAAUAAAAAUGAUCACGUUACUGAUAGUAAUUUAAUUUUUUUAAAUGGAAGCAAAAAUGUUCAAAUUCAAGCCAAAUACUGAAUUUUUCUAAAGAGAGCUUAUUUGAUUUGAAUAAGUAAUUUAAUUUAGUAUUUUAAUUAGUUAAUUUAAUUAAAAAUGAUGCUUAUUUCACUUUGAAUUUACUGUUUGUUUAAAUUAGUUUUCAUCCAAUUAUAUUUUAUUUGAUUUAAUUAGAUUUGGUUUUGUAACCUAGAAUAACAACUUAAUUGAUGUUAAAUUAGUUUUGAUGAUUUGAUUGAACUGAAUUUGAUUUGAUUGCUUCUGAUCUCAUUUGGUCCGAUGGAUUUGAUUUGCAGACUUUCCCCAGCCCCGGCUCCUGAUCUGUUCCGGUGUGCUUGAGGCGUCUCGUCAGAAUAAAUCAGCUCUUUGCUUCGAAGCUGCAGAAUGAAACCGAUCCUCUUUACAUCGACUCCAAACUGCAGUUGACGGACGAGCGGACCGUUAAAUAGUUCUGGCUCCUCCUCCCGGCGUUUUAUCUUCUCCCACCCCCUUUAUGUCCCAAAAUACAGAAGCAAACCUGUUGCAUGACAGCUCAGGAGCCAAACAUAGUUCAGACAACACACGGGGCCGAGGCAGCGCAGUGGGGGGCAGACAUCCAGCAGCAGCAGAUGCACACAACGCUCUGCUACUUGGGCUGGAUUCCUCCUAAAGAUGAGAAGAAAAAUGGACGAUGUAUGAUGAAACUUCUCCGUGGAUCUCAACAGGACUUGAUCUUAUCUGCAUCCUGGAGCAUUUAUUUAAAAGACGGUAGAAAGUGUUGAGUGACUUUACAAAGUUUAGUAGCAGAGGUCUGUUUGCUCAUUUGAAAACGAGGCGCUGAAGGAGCAUGGAUGAGGCUAAAAUGAGCGCUCAGGAGGCGGUGGUGCACGAGGCUCUGGUGGAGUUUAAGGCCACUUUGGAGGCUGCUGUGAGGGAGGUGCACGUGGAUGUGAGCGCUUUCAAGCAGCGCAUAGAGCAAAGGAUGGAUGAGCUGUGUGUAUCCACCGGGCCACUGGGCGAGGCAGUGAGGAGGCUGCAGGAGGAGAACCUGCAGCUGCGAGCCAAGCUGGAGGCCCUUGGCCUCCUGGUGGAGGAGCUGGCUGGAUGCAAGAGCAGUCCUCCUCAGGUGAAGAGGAGGAAUGAGGAGGAGCAGGUGGGUGUGCAGACACAAUCCAAAAUCCUGGAGGACCAGACGGGCCCGGUUAACUGUGUUGGAUCACAACCCAGCCGGUCCGUCUCUACACAGCCAGAACCUUCAGGAGCGAGCCAGGCCGCCGCCCCAAACAGCCCGGCCCCCGCUCCGUGGAGAGUAAAGAAGCACGCAGAAACUAAUGGCACAAUUACACAAGGAGGAAAAAAUGUGACGGACGUUGCCACGAUCUCAGAAAACCAGAAGGGAUAUAUUUCAGAAAAUUCAGAUGUAUCCCAAAGGGCUGAAACUUUCUCUCAAUCCCAUCGAUGUUUCAUCAAACCACACCAGGAGUCCUCAGCAAUGGAAACGCCCAGCUCACCCGUUGCAGACGAGCCACAACCCCACCUCCCUGUCACCGCCAUGACAACCAAACCCAGUCUGGAGAACUCUCCUACCGCCAAACCGCUUCCGUCUCCAGCGUCGGGACGCAAAGCCUCAGCUGAUCGUUUAUUUAUGGGAGGAACAUCUGGAUCUAAGGAUCUGAACUUCCAGGAUCACUCUGAGUCUGUCUCUCACCUCCCACUCACAGCUGCAGCCAGAACCAGCUCCGAGGCUCCAUCUGCAUCUAAAUCCGAUCAGAUUCCCACUUCAGUACCAAAUCCUUCAAUACAAGAGUCACAGACAACAAAGCAAAACGUGAGUGAACCCAAGUCUCACCUGCCUCUGUCUGCCAUGACCAAACCUAACACGGAUUCUGCUCCAUCAGCUGGACCAGCUCAGUCUCUUUCAGCAUCUCUGGACCCAACUGUAAAACCUGGAGAUUAUCCCUUUAAACGGACUCCAGUUCUGAAGACUCCCAGCCCCAGUUUAAAGAGAAGUGUGAGUUUUCCUCAACCAGCAGAGAAGUUGCUUCCGUCCAAAUCGUUUAUAAAAGCUGGACUCUCGCCCAAACUGGACAAAUCGAGCAAAUCGAGCGGGCUCGACUUGAAGCAGGACGCCACGAAAUCCCAAACGCCUCUGCGCUCCAACGGGGCGCAGGCCAAACGGGCCUUGUUUGAAAGGAUGAACUCGGAGCCUCUGAAAGCCAAGGAUUCCAAGCCCAAACUGAAGCGCUCCCAGAGCUUCGGAGUGUCCAGCGCCAGCGGGAUUAAACAGAUCCUCCUGGAGUGGUGUCGCUCCAAAACAAUCGGAUAUCAGAACGUCGACAUUCAGAACUUCUCCUCCUGCUGGAGUGAUGGGAUGGCCUUCUGUGCUCUGGUCCACUCCUUCUUCCCGUUGGAGUUCGAUUACAACAAUCUGAACUCGUCAAACCGCAAACAGAACCUGGAGCUGGCCUUCACUACAGCAGAGGAGCAGGCCGACUGUCUGCGUCUGAUCGAGGUGGACGACAUGCUGGAGAUGGGAGACAAGCCAGACCCCAUGUGUGUGUUCACUUACGUCCAGUCCCUCUACAACCACCUGAAGAAGUUUGAAUAACGCUGCAUCAGAGUCACAAUGAGGAGUACCUUUACCAGUUUCCUCAUUUUGUCUGAAACUGGUCUGAUCUGUGUGGAAGUUAACGUUGCAAUCAUAGAAAUAGUUUGUCUUUGCUCCUGAAGAUCAGUCAGUGCCUGGGCACACGAGCGACCAUCAGAAUCCACGUUUGAUAGGUUGGCUUUAAUAGCAGAACCAGGGCAAUUGGCCUAAAAUCACAUUGUUGAUAAAACAAGAGAGAUUUGGAAGGAAUUUGAAUAUCCUGAAGUGUGAUGUGUUAUAGAUUUUUAUUUUAUGAUUUUAUGUUUUUUUUUCCAAUGUCAAAAGUGUUUUGAGUCAAAGUGAAGGGUGAUGUACACUGCCAUCUGCUGGUAAAGCAAGUGAAGUGCGAAAGGCUACUGACAGUUUCGGUGAAUUAAUUUAACUAAGUUGUAAUCCCUGUUUCAUUAUUUCUCCACAAUGUAGAAUUUUAUUCACAUAAACUUGAAUGUUGCUGGGAAAAAAAUUACAGUCACAACUUUUUGUGUCUUUGUGUGAAAUCACAUUGUGUGGUUAAAAUAAAAAUGUAUUCUCUUAGAUUUUAAA